GACCUUUAUUCAUAGAAGCGUUAAUGAUUCAGCAGAGAAAGAUGGGAGAAAUGGUGUUGCUGAUGAUUGCAUCUUCCUUGUUAAUGGCUUCCAUGAGCAUGGGUGUUGUUGGAGCUUCAAAUGAUGGGGUGAUCACUGUGGGAGGUAAAGUUCUUUGCCAGGACUGCACCCAGGGCUGGAAUGAAUGGCUUCAUGGUGCCAAACCUAUUAAAGGUAGCAGGGUAUCGAUAACUUGUCUAGAUGAUCGAAGCCGAGUUGUGUACUAUGGGAGCGACGAGACUGAUGAAACCGGGGAAUAUGAAGUUACUUUGAACAAGUACAUCAACGGAAAGAAGCUUAAUCCUCAAGGUUGCUUUCUGAGGCUAGUCUCUUCACCGGACCCUGUUUGCAACAUUGCCACCAAUUCCGGUGGUGGCCUCAAGGGAGUUGUGCUUGGCAGGCCAACAACAGUGUACCGCGAUAUCACCAAAUAUGUGCUUCCUUCAUUCUACUACACAACUCCUAUGUGCGAUGAACCUGAUAUGUCUGAACCUGGAACCAAGAAUUGAUGGUCCUGUUUUUGCUUUCUAUUCAGUUUUGCUUUAAUGUAUGUGGAACCUGAUUCACCUGUUUGUAACAUGCUCAGUCUAAUUAUUUCGUUCAGCAAAUUUAAGCAUGCGUUUUCCCAUGUUCUUAAUA